UUUUUCCCAGCGCACCUUAAGGCAGCACGGGCCGGCCCCCUCGGACCCGAACGCAGCUCCGGGCUCGGACGCUUCUGCCUCACACCCCUCCGGAGCUCCGGGGACAGAUGUGGCGGCCGCUGCAGAUGUUUUACGUCCUGAGCUGGAAGCCUCUUCUGGAUCGUCCUGACGUCUGAGGAUGGAGAGAAGCAGAGCAUUUGUGGUUCCCCCAUAACUGCUCGGAGCCCCUGAGGCCUGCGAGGAUGUUCCCCUCCGGCCUGUGACUGGAGGCCCACCCCGGAAGAUGCUGAGGAGGAAGCUGCUGACGAUGAGGAGGCUGCUGCACGUGAAGGGGGACGUGUUGUGCACCCUGGUGCUGCUGGGGCUCCUGGGCCUGCUGCUCUACGCUCGACAGGUGCUGCUCUCCCCCGGGUGGAGCAGGCCGGCCUGGAGGCUGGAGAUCCACGGCUCCACCAGCUCCAGCCGGACGCUGCUGGGGGCCGGCGGGGCCAGAGGGGGCCAGGAGCCCCAGCAGCUUCCUGCGGAGCCUCAGCUGCCGCCCUGUGAGCCCCGGAGCAAAUCCAAACCUCCGCUGCCCAAAUCCAAGACCAAGUCCAAGUCACGCAGGAGGGGCGUGGCGCCGACCCGGCCCGCCGCCAGGGCCCCGCCCACCAUGCCAGCCUUCGACUUCCAGGCCUAUCUGCGGGACAAGGACAACAGGAACUUCCGGCUGCUCAUAGACCAGCCAGAGAAAUGCCGGGGCCCUCCCCCCUACAUGCUGAUCGCCGUGAAGUCCACAGCCGCCGACUUCCACAGGCGACAGGUGGUGCGUCGGACCUGGGGGAGGGAGGGGCGUGUCCAGCCCGGGGGGUCCAUCCGGACCGUGUUCCUGCUGGGGGUCCCCAGGAACGGGUCGGCCCUGCCCCUGUGGGACCGGCUCCUGGCCUACGAGAGCCAGAGCUUCGGGGACAUCCUGCUGUGGGACUUCCAGGACACCUUCUUCAACCUGACCCUGAAGGAGACCCACUUCCUGGAGUGGGUCAACAGCAGCUGUCCUCACGUCAGCUUCAUCUUCAAAGGCGACGCCGACGUGUAUGUGAACGUGGAGAACCUGCUGGAGCUGCUGCGGGGCCGCCGGCCGGACCAGGACCUGUUUGUGGGCGACAUCAUCCUGCACGCCAAACCCAUCCGCCGCCGCUCCUCCAAGUACUACGUCCCCGAGUCGCUGUACGGCGCCGCCCGCUACCCCACCUACGCCGGGGGCGGCGGCUUCCUCAUGUCCGGGCUGACCGCGCGCCGCCUGAGCGCCGCCUGCCAGCAGGUGGAGCUCUUCCCCAUAGACGACGUCUUCCUGGGCAUGUGCCUGCAGCUGAUCGGCGUCCGGCCUCUGCGCCACCUGGGCUUCCGUACCUUCGGGAUCGUGCGGCCGUCGGCGGCCCCGCACCUGCAGACCUUUGACCCCUGCUUCUACCGGGAGCUCAUGGUGGUCCACAGCCUGACCGUCCCCCAGAUCUGGCUCAUGUGGAACCUGCUGCACGACCCCCAGCUCAGCUGCCACAACAGCAGCGGCCCCGCGAGCAGCCGGCCCUUCAGGUGGAGGGGGACCGGGCCGGGCCAGGACCCCGACCCGGGUCAGGACGGGACUGACCCGGGUCAGGACCCCGACUACGGCGAGCGGCAGGUCUUUGUCUCACAUCAGUGA